AUGCCAAGUUCAAGAAUACCUUCGCCUGCUAGAUCCCAGGGUGUAAUAUCGACGCCUCGUCGAGAUAAGUUGCGACGACGAACACGCAGUAUUUGUUCACCAGCACAAUCUAAUGUCUCAGUUCGUCUAUCUACUCUUGUAUCUUACUCUUAUAAAAUCUCACCUAUGCCCAACAGACAAUCAGUACUUGCUGAUGAAACUGAUAUUGAAAUUGUACCUGGCCGUCAAAGUUGGUGGAAAAAAUUGGGUGAUAAUUCUAGAGAUGUAAUGGACGUUCUGGAAACCAAAGAUAUGGCGGAGAUAAAAAAUGUGGCAGACGAAUUUGAUGUAGAAGUUUUAAGCCAAGAGAAACAAAACUACACACUAGACUUACCUGAAAGCAGUGAUGGAGAAUCCAUUAGCAGCAUAGUAAUCCCACAACGAAAACUCUUCACCCAAAAAGAGCAUAAUCCUCAAAAGAAAUUUUCUCAAAUCCAGAAUAAUAGAGACAGUCAAUCUAAACAUAAGAGUCACAUUGAUCACGACAAAGAUAUAGAAAUAGCUCCCAAAAAUUUAUUCAGUCAACCGUCUAAACCAAGAAAUAAGCCUGUGUUUCCGGCUGCUUUACUCAACAUAUCAGCUAAUAAAACGAUGAAUAAAACUAAAGAAAUGCCUGUAGCUGAAGUUAAAGGUCAGGUUCGUAAUCUCUUUGGUAACAGACCUGGUACAAAACGUAAAAACAUGUUUGCUGCUGAUUUCAUUGUAUCAGAGAGUGAAGAUGACAUCCCAGAUAUACAGCCUAAAGUAUUUGGAUUUCAAAAGAAUGUAGAAAAGAAACGUCGAGAAAGUUCCAUUUCUCAAGCGUUGCAACAUUCACCCACAUCGAGUAUAGACUUGGAAUUGGAUGACUGGAAACUUUUACCUUCCUCAACUAUGGUUGGGAAUCAACUAGAAGAAACUACACCUGUAAAACGAGCGAGACUCAGUAAACUAUCAGAAGUCAAAGAAACUGAAACUUUAUCAAAUAAAAAUAAAACCUUGAACAAAACUAACCAAUCUAGCAAAUCAAAUAUCGCCCAAAAUAAAUCGAAAGUAUCCUCAAAUUCCAAAUUAGACGUUGAAAAUUCAAAAUUGCAAAAUGAUAAAAUAAAUAUAAAUGGUCAGUCAGACGAUCAAGCAAUAAAUAAUUCGAACAGUCGCCUAACUAGAAACAAAAGCAAAUCAAUUCGUGAAACUUCUUUGUUAGAAGCUAAUCGAUCUAAAACUAUAAAUAAAUCUAAAAAUAUUACGAGUAAGGAUCAAAGUAUAGUAAAUAAAGUUAAUGAUAAUCAAGAAAACAUAAAUUUGUUACAAGAUGAAGGAAGUAUACAAAAUGAACUACUUCAAGAUGACGGCGAAGAUGAUGAAAAUUUUACUUUAGAAUAUGAAAAUGAUGAUGAACAAAAUAAUGAAUGUCUUGAUACUAAUGCUAACGGCGGGAGACAAUCAAAAGAUAAAAAUGAUACAAUGAAACAAACAAGCAUUAAGAAGACUGUAGAUGAAGAAAAACAAAGUGUUCAUAAAGCUAUAAAUAAAAGUUCUUAUAAUGAGCAAGAAAAUAUAAACAAAAGUCGACAAAACAAUGUCAAUAUGGACAUUGAUAUAUUCGAUGGUAAUGCCACUGAAAAACCAGUUCAACUGAACAAUAAACAAGAAAUCCAAAAUUUUAAUAAUGAAAAACUGAGCGAGAGUGAAAAUGUUAAAAAUAAAACAAAUGUAUCAACACAUAACACAAGUAAGAAGCACAAUAAAAGUAAGAAUAAGCAAGAUGAAAUAGUGGAAGCUGAAAAUAAAGUUAAUCAAGAAAAUCAUAAUAACACAAGACAAAAUAAAAAUUCUCAAAUUGAAUCUAACAGUGUAAGUCGAGAGAUGGAACAUGAAGAUGAUAAUCAAAAUGAAAGUAAACCCAUAAGCGAAGAAAACGAAGAAGAAAAUGAGAAUAAUAAACAAAAUAAUACAAAGGAAAAUGAAGAAGAAAAUGAGAGUAAUGAACAAAGUAAUGCAGAGGAAAAUGAAGAAAUUGCGUCUGAUAUUGAAGACCAAAAUGAAAGUAAUGAAAUUCAAAAAGAAUCCCAAGAAGAUGAAACAGAACAAAUCGAUUCGGAACAAGAGCAAAAUGAAAAUGAUAUGGAAAAUGAAACUGAAAAAAUGGAAGAGAACCAAGAAUUAAAUCAAAAUGAUAAAGAUGAAGAAGAUGAUUCCGACAAUGUUAAACAAGAUGAUGAGAGUAUCACUUCUAAUCAUGAAGAAGAAGAAGAAAAUGUAUCGACCGUACAUAAAACCGAUGAACAACAAAACGAAAGUGUUGAAAUUGACGAAAAUGAAGAGGAAGAUAAAGAAAAUGAAGAACAAGAUAUGGAAAAUGAAGACCAGGAUUUGGAAAACGAAGAACAAGAUAUGGAAAAUGAAGACCAGAAUGUGGAAAAUGACGACGGAGAGGUAGAAAAUGAAGAAGAAGAUAUGGAAAAUGAAGACCAGGAUGUGGAAAUUGACGAACAAGAGAUGGAAAAUGAAGAUCAAGAUGUGGAAAAUGAAGAAGAAGAAGAUGAAGAACAAGAAAUAGUAAAUUAUGAUCAAGAAUCAAACGAAAGUGAAGUUGAAGAAAAUGAAGACGAGAAUGAACAAGGUGAUCACGAUCAUACAAGUGAAGAAGAAAAUGACAAUGAAGAAGAAGUAACUGGAAAUAAAAAUGAUGAAUCACCGAAUAUCACCCACGAUACAACCGGAAAGCAUCGAGAUAUUCAAAAAGUGACAUCACCUGAAGCCAUUCUUCACGACAAAACGAACCAAAUUGAUUCAUUCAUGGCGGAAGGACGAAACACAAGUGUAAGAAAAACUAAAAGCAUUUUGGCCAAAACGCUAAACAUUCGUCCAAGCUUGGCCCCAGUGAGAGAGAGUACGGGGUUUUCAGACGGAACAAGGAAUUCAAGUGCCGAUAACUCUGGCUGGGAUUCCCAUAGAACGACAAGAAAAACUAUACGAGAAACUUUCGGCAAAGAAUUCACAACUCGAAAGUCCCUUCGAGCUUUAGUUAUGGAGAAAUCGGCCAAACGACAUACAAAUUUUAUGGAAAAACGAGCAGACUUAACAGAAAACGUGGAUAAUACUAAAAUACCGCAAGCUAAUUCGACGGAAUUGCCUCAUUUUGAUUCGUAUGAAGAUCCUGAACCGGUGCAUGUCGAUGAAACUACUGAAUCUGAUCCCGACCAACAUGAGAUGUCGAAGAGAACGCGACAGACAACACUAGAAAUGUACUUGCAAAAGAUUAAACAAGACAAUUUGGAACGAAAACGUAAAAUUGAAGAGCAAGUGAGAAACUCACUAAAAACGACAACGCAAACCUACAAUCUGUUCAAAGUUCCACGAAAACCGGUCCGCCGUGUGAAACCAGCGGAGAGCAAGCCCAGGCCCAAACAAAAUAGACCCCUUGUGUUUAUGGACAUGUUGCCUGCUGAAGUUAUAGAGGACAUGAAAUACAAACCCCCGAAGAGAUUCAAACCGAAUAAUGCGUCGUGGAUUACUAAACGUCUGUACAAGUUUUUGGAAACUAAGUUAGAGCCUAAUUACAACUACAAAGCAAGGGUGCGGGCAGAGAAACUGGUGGAAACAAUUUACAACUUCACAAAAGACGUAAGAAAGCAGCACGUAGCGCCAUUGCACAUGGUGGACGCGCUCAAACAAGAAAUGGCGCGUUUGAAUAUUGUCAAAACACACUUUGAUUUCUACGAGUUCUUCCAGGAGUACAUGCCGAGGGAGAUUAGGAUUAAGGUGAUUCCGGACGUCGUGAACAACAUAUCUCUGCCAAAGCAUGGCGUGUUUGCGGAUAUUAUAAGA